AUGAAGGAAAGUAGAGACCAGCGGCCAUUGCGGCCAGCAGUAAAGUCGAAAGCGCAACUUCAAGAUGACUCUAUCAUGGGAACAAAUAACAGCAGUAUUGUGUCGAAACGGAGUGUCGAGCGUCUUUACUUUCCGAACGAAGCCCAUUUCUUCCGCUACUUCGUCAAGAAGCCACAGAGGCGCUCGCCACUUAUCAAUCGUGGAUAUUGGCUUAGAAUGAAAGCCGUGGAUCAAGUGGUUCGCCAGUUUCUGGAGCACACAUCCGAGAAGCAGAAGAUUGUCGUCAACCUCGGAUGUGGAUACGAUCCACUUCCUUGGCAGUGUCUUGAAAGAUAUCCAACUGCCUCAAUCGGCGUCAAGUUUAUCGACAUCGACUACAGAGAUCUCAUGCUUAAAAAGAGGGCAGUCGUUCAACGCACUGCUGAGCUAAAUUCUAUGCUGACCAAUAUCGAAAUAUCGGAAAGUGAUGUGUUAUUCCGUAGUGAUCAGUAUGUCCAAGUGGGUUGUGAUCUUCGGGAUCUUCGGGCUCUAGAUUGUGUGCUUGGAGGUGUUAUGGAUGUUACAAAGUGUUCAAUCUUAUUUACAGCGGAAGUUUCUAUUACCUACAUGAACGUCGAAGCGGCCGAUGCUUUGGUUGAGUGGGCUGGUAGAUUACCUGAAGCUCGCUUUUGUUUAUUGGAACAGCUCAUUCCAGAUGGAAAUGAUCAUCCCUUCUCUCAAACCAUGAUGGCACAUUUUGACAAACUACGAACGAGUCUUGGAGCCGUACGGAAGUAUCCAACCGAGGAAGCUCAGAAGGGACGGUUUGAUGAUCUCGGUUGGCCAAGUGUCUCGGUCCGUAAUCUGUGGCACUUAUGGAGCUCUCCCCAUUUUGCCACUACCGAGGAACGUAUGGCUUUGGACAGAGUCGAGCCUUUCGAUGAAUGGGAAGAGUUUGCUCUGUUUGGCUGCCACUACUUCCUACUUGUCGCAAAUACCGCCAGCAUGGCUGCACGCCUACAAGAGCACGCAAGCAGGCCAGCUCCGAAUGGUUUGGAGGAAUCUGACAAGCUCACGCAGUUGUCAAUUGCGAGGGUACCUGGUCCUCAGCUGGUUGGGAGAUAUUCGGAACAUCGAAAAGGUCACGGAUGCCGACGUUUUGCAGCAGCAAUGUCGACUAAAGGCAGUGGUAGAUACCAUAGCAGGAAAGGUGUUUUCGGUGGUAUGGGACUGACAACCAGGACCGACUCGUGGGACGAGUAUGAUAUAGAUUUGACGGACUCUCAAACCGUCAACUCUCAAGGCCCUGCUGUGGCACCAUCCAGCAGAAUGUGUCACACGAUAACAGACAUUGGUGACUUUUCAUUGCUGGUUGGCGGUCGAACAUCCCCAGAUAAUGCUUCUAAAGAGUGCUGGCUCUUUCACAAAUGGCUCAACACCUGGGAGCGAGUUGAUGACCUCCCACUUCCCCUGUACCGCCAUCAGGCUACGAGAGUCGGUCCUGGAUACGUACUCAUUUCGACGGGUAGAAUUGACUCUAGAUUAAUCUCUAACGAGUAUCUGGUAUGGAGUCGGCAUACAGGCUGGAUAGAAUGUGGACUUGAGGGAACCAGACCACCCCCUUCACAUGGUGCUAUUUUCAGUUUGGCUUCAUCAGAGCCCUCGACAGAUCCAAUAUAUGGUAUCCUUGCAGGCGGCAUAUCUGUUGACUCGUCCAUUGUGGAGGAAGUCUGGCGAUGGGAGCUUAGUGGGAUCUCCAGUAAAAAACCAAUGAUAAAAUUCCACAAGCUUGCGGAUUUCGAUGGCAUGCAAUUGGUUACUCGGUUUGGAGCUAGCGUAAUCUACCACAAACGCCAGUUGUAUGUUAUUGGCGGUGUCAUCAAGAACCGCAUGUUGAAAUCAUCCGAGGAAGUUUGUGGUCUCAAUGUUGAAGGAAACCGUGUCUCCGUCGGAAUGAUCCCUCUAGCAUUCACUCCCCGACCGCUACUGAUUGGCUCAACCGUUUUUGGUGUAGAGAGCUCUCUCAUAAUCACGGGUGGCUCAGCAGUAUGCUUCUCCUUUGGUACAUUCUGGAAUAAAGGUAGCUACACCAUCACUUAUCCGGAUUCGAACUGCGAGGAUGCUCAGGGAUUCUCAAAGCCUGCUGAAAUGUGGCGACUCACUCGAACCGUAGCUGCCGACUUUCCAGCUAAAGAACUGGAGACGCCGAUAACGAACGGCCCUGUGAGCAUGAUUAGUAUCUCCAAGGUACAGCUUGGAACGGCAGCAGACUUCGCUCGAAUUCUUGAAGCAUCUACCCCGGUCAUCAUUGAGAAAGCGAACAUUGGCCCUUGUUUACGCAAGUGGACAACGGAAUACCUAAAAGAGCGGGUAGGAAUUGAGCGUGAGGUCGUCGUUCAUGAAGCAAAAGCGCAACAUAUGGAUUUCAAGUCGAAGAACUUUGUAUACACGACCAUCCCGUUCGGAGAUUUUAUGGACAAGAUUCAAGAAGAUCAAAGGCUCUAUCUCCGCUCAUUGUCAUCUGACAAGCCCUCGGAGCAACCGGCAGACAUUAGCAAGGACUUUCCGUCGAUUGCAUCCGACUUUCAGCUGCCGCCGGAACUCGCAGCAAUUACUGAAAAUAUGCACAGCUCGCCACUACGCAUAUCAGGGCCAGUGAAUAUGUGGCUACACUAUGAUGUAAGGGGAGCCAUCGGAAAACAGUUCCGCAUUCUAACGAAGAAGCAGGUCAUGGCGAAUAUUUACUGUCAGAUUCAAGGGACUAAGCGACUACUCCUAUUUCCACCAGCUGAUGUUAAGAAUCUCGGACUUGAACCAGGCUCCUCAAGCUCACAGAUAAACGUUUUCGAGGAGCUCAACAGUGCUCGUUUAGCAGGCACACAUCCUCACGAAGCACUGCUUCGCCCUGGUGAUAUACUCUUUCUGCCUCCCUUGUGGCUGCACACAGCUUCCCCAACUUCGGGAGUAAGCAUUGCUGUCAAUGUUUUCUUCCGCAGCUUUUCUGCAGGUUAUGCAGCGGGGAAAGAUGUAUAUGGUAAUCGAGAUUUGCAAGCGUACGAAAAAGGCAGACUGGACAUUGCCAAGAUGGUCAAGUCAUUUGACAGUCUGCCGAGAGAAGUCCGUAGAUUUUACCUGCAGAGAUUGGCGGAGGAGCUCAGAGACAAAGUCUAA